ACGGCGCGAGCUUGCGUUUGAAAUCGGACCUCUGUCGUCACCGCAGCUGCAGCGAGAGCUUCCCAUCCGUUCUCCCGCCCAUUGACUGCCUCUCCAUCUAACACCACAUAGCCACGAUGCUGUCCAAGACGCUAUCCCGCUCAUCCUUCUGCGCUCUGCGCGCCUCGGCCACCCGCGCUGCCCUGCGCCCACGCGCUCCCGCCGCCGCCCUACUCACUGCAGUUGCUCCGAGGCCCUUCAACAACGGCGGCCUUCCCCGCUCCUUCCACCACUCGCCCGGCUCCAGGGGCAUCCUUCCCGACCAGGAGAACCCCGAGCCCAAGCAGAGCGAGCCCCAGCAGACGACGGCUAACGAGCCCUCGGCUAUCAGCCUCGAGGAGUACCACGAGCAGGCCGACAAAUACCUGGAGCUGCUGCAGCAGAAGGUCGAGGAGAAGCAGGACGCGGGCGAGGGCAUGGAGCUCGAGUACGCGGCCGGCGUCCUCACAAUCGAAAAGGCAGGCCAAGGCACCUACGUGCUGAACAAGCAGCCACCAAACAAGCAGAUCUGGCUCAGCUCGCCCAUCACGGGCCCCAAGCGCUUCGACUGGGUCGUCUUCGGCGAGUCGAUGACGCAAAAGGCCGACGGCGGCGUCGCCGACUGGAUCUACCUGCGCGACGGCAGCUCGCUGACGCAGCUGCUGCGCAAGGAGCUCGGCAUCGAGCUCGGCAUCGACGCCGACGUCGAGGAUAACGUCUCGUGAGCGGCGGCUGCUGUUGCUGGCUGGAGCAUAGGGUGAGGACAUGGUUUAUGCAUCAAACGAUGGAGUUUUAGGGAACGCUUGUGUGUGUGUAUGAGUGGGUAGGUUUGUUUGAGAAUGCGAGAUGGCGGGACAUGGGUUUUUGGUGGGCUUGCUUUGUGCGAGAUAUAUAUGAGCGACUGAAGUCCACUGAAUGAAAGAAAUACAACCAGUACCGAUCUGAACCGC